AUCGGCCGUAGGUUUUGACUUGACCCGUAACCCUGUCAGAACCUGUUGGCACUAGAAAGCAGCGCGCUCCCUCAGAAAUACCCGAUGGCGGGCACUUCCACAUCCCUGGUCUGAUGUAGUUCAGUAGCUUGGAUGUCCCUUUUCUGGGAGAAGUGCCACCUCCUUUUCUCUGCUAGCAUCGCUGAGUUGCACCUGCCGGCACCUCUCGCCGCAUUUCUUGCUGUUUUCUGCAGCUGAAGGAGCGCCGGUGUCUGAUUGAGUGCGGGAUAAAGCUAAUGCUGAACACGGGUGCGAUUUGUGGGGAGAGGGAGAGAUGGCGACAGGCGCGGAUGUGCGGGAUAUCCUGGAGCUGGGGGGCGUGGAGUCGGAGAACACGGGCACCAUCAACAAGAAGGACAUCAUCAACUCGGACAAGAAAAAGUCCAAGAAGUCCUCGGAGACACUGACGUUCAAGCGGCCGGAGGGCAUGCACCGGGAGGUCUAUGCGCUUCUCUACUCUGACAAGAAGGAUGCACCCCCACUGCUGCCUAGUGACACGACCCAGGGCUACCGCACCGUCAAGGCCAAGCUGGGCUCCAAGAAAGUGCGGCCCUGGAAGUGGAUGCCCUUCACGAACCCGGCCAGGAAGGACGGAGCCAUGUUCUACCACUGGCGGAGGGCAGCAGAGGAGGGCAAGGACUACCCCUUUGCCCGCUUCAAUAAGACGGUGCAGGUGCCUGUGUACUCGGAGCAGGAGUACCAGCUGUACCUGCACGAUGAUGCCUGGACCAAGGCUGAGACCGACCACCUCUUUGACCUGGCCCGUCGCUUCGACCUGCGCUUCGUCGUCAUCCACGACCGCUACGACCACCAGCAGUUCAAGAAGCGGUCGGUGGAGGACCUAAAGGAGCGGUACUACCACAUCUGUGCCAAGCUGGCCAACGUGCGCGCUGCCCCCGGCACCGACCUGAAGAUCCCCGUCUUUGAUGCCGGCCACGAGCGGCGCAGGAAGGAGCAGCUGGAGCGGCUCUACAACAGGACGCCAGAGCAGGUGGCGGAGGAGGAGUACCUGAUCCAGGAGCUCCGGAAAAUCGAAGCCAGGAAGAAAGAGCGAGAGAAGAGAACCCAAGACCUGCAGAAACUCAUCACAGCAGCCGACACCACCACAGAGCAGCGGCGGGCCGAGCGCAAGGCGCCCAAGAAGAAGCUGCCGCAGAAGAAGGAGACCGAGAAGCCUGCCGUUCCUGAGACUGCCGGCAUCAAGUUUCCCGACUUCAAAUCCGCAGGUGUCACGCUGCGCAGCCAGAGGAUGAAACUGCCAAGCUCGGUGGGACAGAAGAAGAUUAAAGCCCUAGAGCAGAUGCUGAUGGAACUAGGAGUAGACCUGAACCCGAUGCCGACGGAGGAGAUCGUGCAGAUGUUCAACGAGCUGCGCAGCGACCUGGUGCUCCUGUACGAGCUGAAGCAGGCCUUCGCCAACUGCGAGUACGAGCUGCAGAUGCUGCGGCACCGCUACGAGGCGCUGGCCAAAGCCGGCAGCCUGGGUCCUGGCAGCGCGGAGGGUGCCCAUGCCGACGGCCCGGCUGCACCAGGUGCCGAGGAGGGCAAGGCUGAUGCCAAGGACCAGAUCAUCGACGUGGUGGGAGCACCCUUGACCCCCAACUCGCGCAAGCGGCGAGAGUCGGCCUCCAGCUCCUCCUCCAUCAAGAAGGUGAAGAAGCCGUGAGCCUCGCACCGCUCCGCCUCGCCCGCUGCUGCCCGGAGCCUGGGCCCUAGCCGGGGGCCGGAGACAGCAGGAGCCGCGCCAGGCCCAGCCUGGCCUGCCCACGGGACCGUGGAGCCCUCCGGCAGGAGCCAGGGCACAGCUGGACGGUGCCCGCUGCACCCUGGAGCCGGCGGCUGUGCCCUUCCCCGUAGCGUUUGCUGGUGUUUUUAUACGCCCUGUUUUUGUGAGUGUCCCUGUAAAUACAGCCCCUGUCGCCGUGGACCUGCCCCGUGUCGUCUCUGGCCUCCAGCAAGGGGGGGUCUACCCCACCAACGCUGACUCCUGACCUGGGGGGGGGCCCCGGCCCCGGCCCUGGGUCCAAGCUGCACUCGGGGCUUUUGUCGGGUCCGAGGUCAAAGGCCACGGUCUGGGCUUUUCAUAGAAAACCAGCUACCCCCCCCAUAUAGGCUGGCCCUGAACACCUAGGGCUGCUCGUGUGGGCCCUGCCCAGGCAUGGAGGUGGCAGCAACAUACACACGUACACACGGGUCCACACCUACCCAUGUAUACGCACCUGUGCACACCUACACGUAUAGGCACAUGCACAUACACACACCUGUGCGCACCCAUACAUAUAUACACGCACACCCACACGUGUACAUACACACAUGCAUAUAGAUGCGUAUUUAGUAACACAAGCUAAUGUGAACACACAUGCUAAUGUGUACAUGUGUAUACAUGCACGCACGCACUGCCCCCUCCCCCCAAGCCCAGACCAGGCGCAGGCGGCUCCUUUUCCCCCAAACUUUAUUCAUGUGGCACAUUUACAGCGAGGGGCGGAGUAACUAGACGAUGAGAUGCCGGGGCGCAGCUGCGGCGGGUCGGACUGGAACACCACACACCAUGCAGUCAUGUACCGCCAGGUUCAGUGCCUGUAUUGGCUGCGCCUGCCGGGGCGGGAG